UCUCUCUCUCUCUCUUUCGUGCGCAUGCGUGGGCGUCUGUUGAGCGAGACUGGAGAGCGCGUGGUGAAUGUAAGCUGGUUUUUUGCCCGCUGUGGCAAAAACGUUUGUUUUUCUUUCUCUUUUCUUUUCUUUUCUUUUCUUUCGGUUUGGGUGUUUUUUUUUUGUUUGUUUUUGUUUUUUUUUUUCUCUCUGUUGGAGUACAUGAACUGAGCGUGGUAAGGGUGACUGCAUCGUGCUUUUGUAUUUGGAGCUGUGUGUUUGUUUGUAUGUUUUGUUGUGUUUGGAUCGGUUAGAGUUAAAAGCUUUUUUUCCGUCUGCAACCAGCGUUGCGCUGGGAGGCAUGACGAACCAAAACACGAUGAGUUUUAAAGAUUUAACCCGCCGACAUGGAGUGAAGGUGGAGUCUAAGAUUAACGUGGAGCAGGUAUGUUUAGCCGUGGGAGAGAUUGUGGGACAUGAUUAUAUUGUCUCUGCAUCGCGAAUGAAUAGUGCAAUUGUUAUCUUUUUUAAAUCAAUUGAGAAGGCAAAUGAAGUUGUCCAAAGUGGCGUUGUGUUGAACGGUUCACUCGUGAGUGUUUUACCGUUGAGUAGCCCGUCCAAAAAGGUCAUUCUGUCCAACGUGCCUCCGUUUAUUAAUGACGAUAUACUGGUGCAAGAGUUAUCUCGGUAUGGAAAACUGGUUUCAUCAAUAAAGAAAAUUCCUCUUGGGUGCAAAUCACCUUUGGUGAAACAUUUAGUCUCGUUUAGAAGACAAGUUUUCAUGGUGUUGAAAAACGGAAUUGAUGAGAUUGAUCUGGUGUUCAAGUUCAAAAUUGAUGGUUUCGAUUAUACAGUGUUUGCAACAUCUGAUACUACGAUUAAAUGUUUUAAUUGCAGUAAGAUUGGACAUCUUGUUCGUGAUUGUCCGAAUAAAAAGGAAAAUGCAGCUGUGAACACAAGCACUGAAAUGGGGGUGUCUGUUGUUCCGCUGGCUGAGAUCGUAAAUGACACUGACAUUGCUGGUGUGUCAGUGGUCGAAGCCGGUGAGCUUGGGCCGGUUGCAGUUGUGGCUGCUGAGUUAAGAUCUGAUAAAACUGAGUCUGAGAUUGUUACCAUGUCUAGUAAAAAUGAUGAAUUCGCUAGGCCUUAUGAGCAGGCUGAACCUUCUGAGAACGUUUGCAUAACAGAUGUUGUUGAAAUGGAUAUGCAAGAAAAUGCUGUAGUUUUUGAGAAUGAAGCAAAAUCUGUUUUCAAGAUCCCAGUUAAAAGAAAGAAAAAAAGUGGUGGAAAAGAAAAGUUACUUAAACAAGUAAAGAAAGAUGAGGGUGGUGAAGAGAGUGUGGCAUCAGAUAGUGAUGGAGAUUCCUCUGAUUCCAAUAUAUCUCAAUGUUCAAAUCUGUCUCUAAGUUCCCAAAAUCAAACCUUGAUCUGCUUGUAUAGUGCUAAUGAUAUUAGCAAAUUUCUGCAAGAAACAAAAGGAGUAAAAGGAGUGCAAGUAGAAGAUUUCUUCCCUGAUAGUAAGCAAUUUAUUAAUGAUGUAAGGUAUCUAAUAAAAGAGGGAGCUUUUCAAGAUGUGGAGAUUUAUCGUCUUAGAAAAUUGGUGAACAAACUGAAAAAAAAAUGUAAUAAAGAUGAAGCUGUCAACUUCUAAAAUUUUGCCAAAAAUAGUUUUUUUGGCAACUUUUUUAUUUUUUUUUCUUGUCUCUAAAAUAAAUAUGACAAAUUUUAAAAUUGGAACUUUAAAUUUAAAUGGUGCCAGAGAUGGUUAUAAAAGAAUGAUGUUAUAUGAAUUUAGUAGACAAAAGCAAAUUGAUAUUUUGUUUUUACAAGAAACACACAGUGAUUUUAAAAAUGAGAACGACUGGAAAAGAGAAUGGGAUGGACAGAUUGUCCUAAGUCAUAAAUCCUCUGUUAGUGGAGGUGUUGCUGUUUUGUUUUCAAAACACAUUUUACCUUUGUCUUGUGAAGUUGAAGAAAUAAUUGGUGGUCGUUUGUUAAAGAUCAAAGUAAAAUAUGAGAAAGUUACCAUGGUGCUUUUGAAUUUAUAUGCUCCUACAAAGGGGUUAGAAAGAGUUUUGUUUUUUGAUAAGGUGGAUGCUGUCUUAAAAGACUUAAAUCCAGAUGAUAUGUUAUUUAUAGGUGGGGAUUUUAAUUGUACCGCAAAUUCUAAGUUAGAUAGAAAUCAUAUAGAACCACAUGCUGCUUCUCAGAAAAUACUUAUACAAUUAAUUGAAACACAUGAUUUAUGUGAUAUUUGGAGAAAUAUGAAUCAAGAUGUUAGACAGUAUACUUGGGCUCAUAGUACUGAAAAUUAUAUAUCCUUAGCAAGGCUUGACAGAAUAUAUAGUGUUCAACAUCAACUAAAUCUUUUUAAGUUCUGUAAAAUUAUUCCAGUGGGUUUUUCUGACCACAGCUUAGUUCUGUGUAGUGUUUUGUUUAAAUGUGUUAAGUAUAAAAGUGCUUAUUGGAUUUUUAAUACUUCAUUGCUGAAUGAUGAAAAAUUCUUAGAAAAUUUUAGUUUUUUUUGGAAAACUUUUAAGCAGCAAAAACAUUUUUAUGUAUCUUUAUCGCAAUGGUGGGAUUGUGGAAAAGUUCUUAUUAGAGAUUUUUGUCAAAAGUACACUCUUAAUGUUACUCGAGACCUAGCCCAGUCAAUGAAGAUUUUAGAGACGGAAAUUACUGUUUUACAAGAUUUAUUAGCAUCAAAAAAAAACAACAGAAAACAUAUUGAUGAUCUGAAAGAAAAGAAAUCUAUUUUGGUAGACCUGUUGGGAGUUAAAGCAAAGGGAGCUUUAGUCCGGUCACGGUUUCAAACUGUGGCACAAAUGGAUGCUCCCUCAAAAUUCUUUUUUAAUUUAGAAAUUAAAAAAGGUCAAAGUAAAAUGAUCCAUACUUUACGCUCAGCUACAGGACAAGAACUAACUGAGCCUGCUGACAUACGUUGCUGUGCUGUAGGUUUUUUUUCUGACCUUUAUAAAUCUGAACUGAGGAAAUGGGGUGCAGAGGCUGAUCAUUUUCUUGAAGGACUGCCAAAGGUGGAUGAAGAGUCUAACAAUGAUCUACAACAGACGUUGUCAUUGAAAGAGCUUUAUACUGCCAUGAUGAGCUUGGAUAAUGGUAAAUCUCCAGGAAUUGACGGGCUGCCUGUUGAGUUCUAUAAGACUCUAUGGCCCGUCAUAGGAGAAGAUCUGCUGACAGUUUUUAAUGACAGUCUGAAAAGAGGACUAUUGCCUCUAAGCUGCAGAAGAGCAGUCAUUACACUGUUACCCAAAAAAGGGGAUCUUCAGUAUAUCAGCAAUUGGCGCCCUGUUUCACUUUUAUGUUCAGAGUACAAAAUUUUGUCCAAAACUUUAGCUAUGAGACUUAGUAAAAUUAUAAGCAAAUUGAUACACUGUGAUCAGACUUACUGUAUUCCCAACAGGUCUAUUUUUGAUAAUAUUGCUUUAAUAAGAGAUGUUUUUGAUGCUUCUAAACUCCUGGGAAUUAACUCUGGAAUGAUUUCUCUUGAUCAAGAGAAAGCAUUCGACAGAGUUGAACAUUUGUUUCUAUGGAGUACUUUAAAGGCUUUUGGGUUUAACGAUACGUUUAUAUCAAUGAUAAAGGCUGUGUACUGUAACAUUGAGAGUGUUCUUAAAAUUAAUGGUGGUUUGUGUGCUCCUUUUAAAGUUGAAAGGGGGGUCAGGCAGGGAUGUCCUAUGUCUGGUAUGUUGUACUCCCUGGCAAUUGAACCCUUACUGCAAAAACUACGAAUUCAUUUAAAAGGUUUGAGUUUUCCUGAUUGUAAUAAUUCUUUACACCUUUCUGCAUAUGCUGAUGAUGUUAUUGUUUUUGUAAAUGAGAAGGAAGAUGUUAUUAAGCUAGAAAAAAUUGUAAAUGAUUUUAAACUAGUUUCCUCUGCCAAAGUAAAUUGGAGGAAAAGUGAAGCUAUAAUGGUGGGAAGUUGGAGUGGAGAUCUUCCUGCUUUACCUGGAGGACUGAUUUGGAAAAGAGGAGGUUUAAAAUACCUUGGUGUCUAUCUAGGAAAUGAAAACUUUAUUAGGAAAA